AUGCCACGCCCCGAGGAUCCCCCUCGCUCAAAGCGACCUCGCGCUGCCCAGGCCUGCGACAGGUGCAGGUCCAAGAAGUACAAGUGCGAUGAGCUGUACCCAUGCUCCCAUUGCAAGAAAAGCCAUUUGGACUGCGUCUAUCAAGGAAACUACCGACAGCUGGAGAACAGCCGCUCUGCCAGCUAUGUCCAGGACUUGGAGAAGAAAAUCGAAGAACUCAGUUCCAAACUCCAGGCAGUUGAAUCCAAACUCUCGCCCUGCGAAUUGGAGCCUUCGCAUCUCAACGCAACGCCGAGCUCGAUGCCAACUGACAGACCAACUGCCAGGCCGACACUGACCCCAACAUCAAGACAGGAACCAGAAGAACCAGCACCUUACGCCGCCGGUACAGAUACAGAGGAAACCAGUGACCCUGUCGACGACGAAAUAUCCGAACUAAACCACCACACCAACGGUAUCGAGUUCCACGGAAGCACCUCAUCCGUCGCCUUUCUAGGACACCUGCAAAAAGCACGAGAUCCACAGCCAGAAGUCCAAUGGCGCAGUCGCCCACGAGCACAGGAAUACUCCAUCGUCUCGACACUGCACAAUGCUAGUUUCUCUCCGACAACCAACGCGCCGCAAUCGCUGGCCGCGGUGCAUGAACACAACUACUACUUUGAGCAGGCGCAUGUCUUUAUGAGUGGGUACUUCGAGAACAUCCACUUCAUCCACCCUUUCAUCGACAAGGAAGACUUUUACCUGCGCGCACAAGAUCUCUGGAUGCGGCGCUCCCCAAAUCCGGAUCCGGGUUUUAUUGCUCUCUAUCUGAGCGUUCUGUCCUUCGGCGCACUUCUCCGCGUCUGGGACGAAGCCCAACUGGGCGGGUUGACACGGUUUGAAUGGAGCCGCAAGCUCUUUAGCGAGGCACAGAUGUAUCUAAAUUACUUGCACUUUCCUAACAAUCUAGACGCGGUGCAGUGCUGGUACCUCAUGGCCAAGAUAUGCCAGAACGAACUCAACCCUAAUUUGGCAUACAUGUACCUCGGCCUCGCCGUCCGCACUUCUCUCGCCGCCGGCUUCAAUCGCAACGUACAACACUCCAACGACCCGCGCUCGGAAUGGAUUUCCAAAACUUGGUGGGGCCUCUACUCGCUGGAAAUCGAAAUGUCCUUCUCCCUCGGCCGUCCCGACACCCUAGGCCUAGACGACUACCACAACCGCCCGCUUCCCCCACGGGACUCCUCGCAAUACGCCAUCAUCCCAUGGAUGGUAGACUUCGCGCGCAUCACGCGCAAGGUCUCCGUGCAGAUUUACCACCGGCGCCUAACGCUGAAGGAGAAACUGGCUGCUGCGCUGACUAUUGAGGCUGAGCUGGAUGCUUGGAUUGCGCAGCUGCCUAGUUGGAUUCGGCCGGGGUUUAUCGGUACCGAUGGUGGUGCAAGUGCUGGUGCAGGGGUCGGGAGGAAUGAUCUUAAGGAUCCGAAGUGGGCGAGGAGGCAAAGGCUUGUUUUGGGUAUUCGAUACUAUAACGUCAAAACACUCCUAUUCAGACCCUUCCUACGGCAUUCCACAGCUGUAUCUGGAGGACUCUCGUCCAAAUCCAAGCCCGGACAAAAACCAGAGAAACAGUCUGAUACGCCCGACACGAACCCACAGGCAGAAACAGACACAACAACUACAUCCCAACUCUCCGAAACAAUAACCAAAUGCCUCAACGCAGCACAGGAAACGAUCUCUGUUAUCCAUGAUAUAUACCGCGUGCAUACAUUCUUUCGGUGCUGGUGGUACAACACAACCUACGUAACAUUCGCCACAUCAACCCUCCUCCUCCCUCUUUCGCUAUCGCACUCUAUACCAUCAACACCAUCACCAUCACCAUCAUCAAUUGUAAAUGCAAACCCAGAAAGCAUAACCCGCUCCAUCCAAAAAGCAAUCGAGAUCCUCGAAGCAACAGACGAGAGCGUCGUGACGCGCAAAUGCGCCGAGAUUAUCCGGUAUUAUCUACGGGAGUUUCAGGCGAGACAUGCAGAUACAUCAGGUACAGGUACUUGUGAGCGUGGAACCGGCUCUGUUGGUGGCUCUAUUGUUGGUGGUGGAGAAGAGGGGAUGGGGUGGGUUGGUGCUGGUGCUGAGGAUGGUGACGGAUUUGGGCUUACUGGUGCUGGGGCUGGGGCUGCUGGUGGAGGAGGAGGGGAGUUCGAUGUCCCGGACUGGGCGUAUGGAUUCGGGUUCCCCGAUUACUCGUUUGAAGGGAUUGCGCGGUUCUUUGAUGAUUUGGGCGGGCUGCCGAUUUUGGAUGAUGCUUAG